AUGUCUGACAGUAUAGAGUGCACAACUGGACUAAGACGUAUAGAUGAGAAUGCAUUGAAUUGUCUCUUGGAUCAUGUACCAAAAGAACUUGUACAUAAUUUGAUUCGCAAGAAACUACCGAAACCAAGUACGAUUAGGGCGCGUACACGCUCCAGUAAACGUGUGCUGCCGCCAACAAUCAGCCGUAUGAUAAAAGUACUUGGUCUUUUCGAUAUGGCUGAUGUCGAGUUGCGAGCCAAAGUGUUUAUUGGCUAUUUAAAAUCUAAACGAUUAUCCUACAACACAGUGUCACGUUAUUUUGCUAUUGCACGCUCUCACGGCUUGUUUGACUAUAUUGACAGUAGUAGUGAAACCCGGCGUGUAGCAUCAAUCAGACCAGAUCCAACCGCUUUCUGUGGAAAACUGCAUACACGUAUACUGAGUCUCACCGACUAUGUAAAAUUGUAUUCACAUUUGACUGAACAUUGGUCCGAGUACACAGCACCACUUUUAGUUGCCUUUCAUACUGGUCUACGAUCAAUGGAGAUUCUGCAAAUGACCAGCUACACACUAUAUCAAUUGAAAACUCGACAAUCUUUUGUCAAUGUAAAACGUAAACAGACAAUAGUUGAUUCUCAACCACCAUUCUGGAAGCCGGUGUACAGUAAUGAUUUAUUACAGUUUACCGACAAACUAAUUGAAUUGUACAAAGACAACUACAACAGCUACUUUCAGCAUUCUAUUGAUGCGCCUCUAUUUCAUAUCACAACACAAACGCUUGUUAAUCGAAUUCGUUUGAGUUUCUUUCAAGCGUUGGGUUAUAAUCCGCCGCAUGGUUUUGGCAUACACACAUGUCGAUAUAUGAUGGCUCAAAUUUUAGCAUCCACAUCGAAAAACCUCGUAUCAAUUCAGACAUUUCUACAACACAAAUCUUUGAAAACAACACAACGCUAUCUAAAGAGUGAUUUCGAUUAUACUGUGCAAAAAUUCAAUGAAAUAACAAAAGGUCCGUUUGCAGACAUACGCGAAGACUUGAAACCGCCACAACUCAACUAUAGCGAUAAAGAAUAA